GAAGCAGCCUCGAGCGCCACUUCCUACUCACCGGCCAACUCAUUGAUCCGCGACCUUCCGAGCGCGCGGCGGUGUGUGUAUGAUCGCCGGAGCGCUCCGCAGCCUCUGUAAGGAAGUGCCGAGGAUUGUCCCCGCCAUGAACCCGCAGGUUGUGUUCGUCCUGGGCGGACCCGGAGCCGGAAAAGGAACACAGUGCGCGAAAAUAGUCGAGAACUACAGCUACACCCAUCUGUCUGCUGGAGACCUGCUGAGAGAGGAGCGCAGCCGGACGGGCUCGGAGUUCGGACAGCUCAUCGACAGCUACAUCAAGGAAGGAAAGAUCGUCCCUGUGGAGAUCACCAUCAACUUACUCAAGAAGGCGAUGGAGGAGACCAUGAAGAAAGACGAAAACAAGUGCCGCUUCCUUAUCGACGGCUUCCCUCGGAACGAGGAUAACCUGCAAGGCUGGAUGAAGGUCAUGGACAACAAAGCCGACGUCAAGUUUGUCCUUUUUUUCGACUGCAGCAACGAAGUUUGUGUCAGCAGGUGUCUAGAAAGAGGGAAGAGCAGCGGCAGGACGGAUGACAACAAAGAGAGCUUGGAGAAAAGGAUCCAGACGUACCUGCAGUCCACACGGCCGAUCAUCGAGCAGUAUGAGAAGCAGGGAAAAGUGCGCACUAUUAACGCCUCACGCACCGUCAAUGAGGUCUUCACCGACGUGAAGUCGGUCUUCGACAGAGAGGGUUGAACCUAAAGAUUCCUGAAUGAAGUUCAGUGAUGUCAGCAAAGCAACACUUCAUUUAUUCACACAUUUAUCUUUUUAUUCAUUUAAUAAGUGUAUUUUUGUUUAAGAGCAAGUGUGUGUGAGAGAGAAAGGGGGACAUUCUGUGACUUUAUGUCCAUUUACACUUAAUAAUGCCCACGAGGAACAAUAUUCAUCUAGAGUGAUAAAAGUAGAGCAAUAGAGUCCAAUUAAAGGAUUUUUUUUCUUUCUUCCCAUGGGAAUGGUAUUUCGUACUUAUAGCACUCUUGGUACUCCUUCAUUGAAUUGGAUUUGUUGUUUUAUCUGUGGCCAUAUGGAUAUGAAUGUGUCGUAUUAUGUUAUUGGUAUUGUUAUUAGCUGUGGAAAACAGUCUGAGCAGCGAUCAAAGGGGGCCAAGAACUCAUAGCGCCGCUGUGGUUAAAUUAUAUCCUCUAUAAAAAGUACAUUUAAAAUUGUUCUUAAUUUAAUUUUAAGUAGGGCUGCAUUAUAUGGACACAAUAUUGUACUGUGACGCUGUUGCUACAGUAUUAUGGCUAAAAAUAAUCCUGCAUUAUUUGGAGGAAAAUUAUUCAUUUAAAUACAGAAUCUAGAGCACGUGAUUGGAUCACAUUUUAUAUAUAUACAUUACGCUUUAAAGCUCAUUUACAAAUAACACCACCUGUGAUUUCAUAUUACGAUUAAAAAUAGCAAUAAAGAUUUAAAUAUAAUGCAGCCGUGCCAGCCUGGUGUUAGCUCUCAUGUUUUAUCUUGUGUCUUUAAAUCAUGCAAAGUCACAUGAUCAUCCAGUGUAAAAAAAAAAAUUAAAUUAAAACAUGUCCCCUAUUUCAACAA